AUGAAAGUAAAAAUAGGAAGCUUCGAAAAUUUUUUAGAAAGAUUAAAUAACAUAAAAGAAGAAGACAUAAUAAUAAAUGAUGAGAAUACAGAAGAGAUGUUUUCUUCGUUUCUUAUAACUUUUUAUAAAGAAAAUGAAGGAAGAUAUACUAUUCAAGAGCAAGAAUAUAUAAAUAACCUUUUGAAUAUCUUAAUAAAUAAAAUAAGAGAUAAUAAAAAUGGACGUAAUUUUUUUUCCAAUCUAUUGUGUAUACAUUUUAAAAGUAUUACUCCAUAUUUUAUAAAUGUAAAAUUAAAAGAUAAUAUAUAUUAUAUACAUUUGUUAAUAAAUUAUAUUUUAUAUGUCUUAAAUCUGGUCAUAUAUAUUGAGAAAGAAAAUAAAGAAUUAUCCUUAUCCUUGUCUAUAGGAAGAAACAUAUAUACAUUAACCUUAUACAUCAUAAGAAAUAUAAAACAAAAUAGGUACGACAAUUUUUAUUUAAAAAUAAUUGAAGAAGGAAAACUCAUUUAUUUAUUAUGUAAGAUAUGCUAUGAUAAGUUUAUUAUUUCUUAUUAUAUCCCAGAAGAUAAUGUUGUGGAGUUAUUCUUUGUCCUUAUAAAAAUUAAAGAACUAGAAAAAUACAUAAUUGAGUGUGAUAUAAUAAAAUAUUUUUUAUCGUUUCUUUUGUAUGACCCUCAAGUUAUUAAAAAAAGGAAACAUUUAAUCAUAGAAAUAAUUAUACAUAUGUUUUUAAAAAAUAUAAGUAUAAUAAAAGAUUUUAUUAAACAAAAUAUAAUAGAUAUUUUAAAUAAUAUUUUAAAAUCUAUAUAUAACAAUAUAAAAUGUGAUCAUUAUGAUUAUUAUUGUAUCAAUUUAUUAAAAAUAUUUUAUUAUAUUAUUCAAGAUAAAAAUAUUGUAAAUUUGGAGAAUAACUUUUUUUCUUAUCCUAAAAAUACAUCAUAUAUAAUAGAACAUGAAAAAAAUAAUAAUAUUCUUAUCUUUUAUAAAUAUAUAAAUAAUAUAAUAAAUAAAAUAAAUGAUGUUAUAAAACAAAAUAUGAGUUGUAAAGAUUCUGCGAAUAUACAUAUAUUAAAUAACAAUGAUCAACUGAAUUACCAUUUCAAAUAUUUUCUUUCCAUAUUACUUUGUGUUAUAAAAAGUAUUAUAACAAGAAUAUUUCAAGGAAAAAAUAAUAUUCAAGACUCGCCUUCUGAUGACGAUAAAAGAGAAGAGGUUUAUGAGGAAAUUAUAAAAUUGGUAAAUGUUACUUUUGAAUUUGUUGUAAAUAUAAUAGAUAAACAAAAGGAAACCUCCCCCGAUGAAGAAGAAAUAUACGAGCUGAUAUCUUAUGACAUGCUCAUUUGUAUGACAAAAAUAAAUUCGUUGAAAUAUAAUUUUUUUGAAUAUUUCAAAGGGAAGCUUUUUGAUUUUUUAGAUUGUAUAACUCAUGAUGAGAUUAUUCAAAAUAAAUAUAAUGAUAAAAUUGUUAUUUAUUCAAAAAAUGGACUGUUGGAUGAUAAUAAUAUAAAUCGUGAUAAAAUUAAUUAUUUAUGUAAUAAUAAUAAGAAUGUUCUGUCCUUUGUUAACAAAACGUAUGUUAAAAACUUUGAAUGUUUGUUUUAUCUUUGUCUAUAUAAUGAAAAAAAUAGAAUACAUAAUAUAAGCAUAAAUCUUAUAAGAAAUAUAGAAAAUAAUAUUUUUACAAUAUAUAAAUAUAUACACAUUUGUAAUAUAAAUACAAAAGAAUUAUUAAAUUCUUUAAGUUUAUAUUAUCUUGUUAUAAUAUUUAUUUAUAUCAAAAAUAAUUUGUAUAACAAAGAAAAAAUUCAUCUUCUCAAAUCUUUCAUACAAUUUUUAAUUAUAAAAGAAAUAAAAGAAAGAAUAUUUCUUUUUAAAAAUGAAUUAUAUUUUCUGGCAUUCAUCAAAAUUUUAAAUUUAUCCAUAUGUAAUAAUUUGUUUGAUUUUAAAAUAUUGUUAUGUGAAAAAUAUUUUGACGAUUUUAUUCGGAUAUUAGAAGAAUCAAAAUUAAGUAUGCAGGAACAGAUACUUUAUUUUAUUUUAGAGUGGACACAGAUACAUCCUAUUUUAAAAAAGUUACAGAUUUAUAUAAGUAAAAAUAAACUUAUAUUUCAUGUUCUUUUUAAAAUAUGGAAAGACAUAGAAUAUGAUAAUAAAUUAAAAAAUAUAAAGGUUCAACCAGAAGAAAUAAACGUUAUGUAUAGGAAUAAUAAUCAAAAUGUCCAAUUUAUUUUAUUCAGAAUCAUAAAAAUGUUGACAAAAAAUUUUACACAAUAUAUAGAUUAUAUCAUAAAUAAUAAAGACCUUUUUUCUACAUAUAAAAACAUAAUUAUAUAUGAAAGUAAAACAAUACUUACUAUCUAUGAACAAAUAAGAGAUGAUAUGAAUGAAGAACAUGUACUUCUCCACAGGGAAGAAGAAAAUUUAUUACUUAAAUUUGUAAAUCUUUAUAAAGAGGACAUAAAAAAGUUCGAACGGAUCUUUGAAAAUGUUGCUACAUUUUAUAAUAAGAAGGAUAAUAUGGAAUUACAAAAUUAUUAUGAUUACUUAAGAGAAAAUAAGGGAAUCGAAUAA